ACAGAACAGAGAGAGAGAGAGAGUGUGUGAGAGAGAGAUAGGUUGUGUGGUUGUAAUGUGUUGGGGGGUGUGUGUGUAACUCUUGGCAUGGACUGUGUGAGGAUGGAGAAAGGUACUAUCAGGGCUUGGGAGAAUUAACUCCUUCACUCAAUAAUUAUUUCCCCUUUUUUUAAAAAAAGGCAAAGUGGACGCAGAUGAGGAACAUGCUGUCCUGGCUGGGCUGUGACAUAGUGGGGUGAGAGUGAAGUGAAGAUGGCGUAUAUACAGUUGGAACCCAUCAAUGAGGGUCUGUUGUCCAAAUUAUCCAACUUCCUGCUGUGUCGCUGGACCUGUCAAUCAUGCUGGCAGUCCUGCUGGGAGUGCAGCUGCUGUCAGCCCAAUGAUGAAGAAGUGGAGAUUUUGGGUCCCUUUCCAGCACAGACCCCAUCCUGGCUGGUCAAUGACUGCAAUGGUGAGAAAGAAGCAAAUUCAGAGGUAUUGGCUUAUGACCCCCCUGCUACACCCCAGGACAGCUCUCCAGACAGGCAUGGUUCAGGUUCUGAGGCAUCCCGCUCCACCUACAGCUUGGCUCGAAGGGUGUCCAGUCUUGAGGCUCAAAGGCCCAGUUCUCCCCUGGUGGACAUCAAGCCCAUCGAGUUUUGGGCCAUGGGUUCCAGGAAGGAGGCUGUCCAGCCUGCGGUUUUGCGGAAGGCCUACGCGGCGUCCGAGGACUACUCCCGAACGCUGGAGCCACGGCUGUACUCGGUGGACUCCAGCGGCGACGACGUGGACUCGCUGACGGACGACGAGAUCCUGCUGCGCUACCAGCUGGGCAUGAUGCACUUCAGCACGCAGUACGACCUCGUCCACAACCACCUGAACGUGCGGGUCAUCGAGGCGCGUGACUUGCCCCUGCCUGUCUCCUGCGACACCGCCCGCCAGGACAUGGCCCAUUCCAACCCGUACGUGAAGAUGAGCCUGCUGCCCGACCACAAGAACUCCCGGCAGACGGGCGUCAAGCGCAAGACUCAGAACCCCGUCUUCGAGGAGCGAUUCACAUUCAAGCUGCCCUUCCUGGAGGCACAGCGUCGCACGUUGCUGCUCUCUGUCGUUGACUUUGACAAAUUCUCCCGCCACUGUGUCAUCGGCAAGGUGGCCAUGCCCCUCAGCGAGGUGGACCUGGUCAAAGGUGGACACUGGUGGAAGGCCCUGGUGCCCAGCUCUCAGAACGAGGUGGAGCUGGGUGAGCUGCUGUUGUCCCUCACCUACCUGCCCAGUGCUGGAAGGCUCAACGUGGACAUUAUACGAGCCAAGCAACUUCUGCAGACUGACAUGUGCCAGGGCUCAGAUCCCUUUGUCAAGGUCCAGCUGGUGACGGGCCUCAAACUGGUGAAGACCAAAAAGACGUCCUGCAUGAGGGGCACCAUUGACCCGUUUUACAACGAGUCCUUCAGCUUCCGCGUUGCCCAGGAGGAACUGAACGAAGUGAGCCUGGUGUUCUCAGUGUAUGGCCAUAACAUGAAGAGCAGCAACGACUUCGUUGGGCGGAUUGUGAUUGGCCAGUUCUCCACCGGCCCUCCCGAAACUAACCACUGGCGCCGGCUUCUGGACUCCCAGCGCACCCCGGUGGAGCAGUGGCACAGCCUGCGCUCCCGUGCGGAGUGCGACCGCGUCUCCCUCGCCUCGCUGGAAGUCACGUGAUGACCUCCAACAUCAGGGAUUGGCGUGUACAGUGCCCUCCAUAUUGUUUGGGACAAAGACCCAUUAUUUAUUUAUUUGCAUCUGUACACCACACUUUGAGAAUUGUAAUAAGACAUGUAACCACAUGUGAUUGAAGUUUUUUAUUACAAAUCUCAAAAUUUGGAGGACAGAGGCAAAUAUAUAAAUGGGUCUUUGUCCCAAACAUUAUGGAGGGCACUGUAUGUGUAGGAUUAGGUAUAGGGACAGGGGUGGGCCUGUGGGUAUGUAUAAUGAGGGUGGGCAUUUUAACAACAGACAACCACAACCAUGUCAGGGAUCGCCGGAGAUUAGGGGGCCUACAAAUAGAUAAAGAUCGGCUAGAUAUUGACUUAUCUAGAAAUCGAUGUUCCACAUCAGUGCUGACAGUUUGAAAUAUUUGGGUGCCUUCCAAACCCACCACAGCUUUACGUGUAGACCUCACAUCCCUUUAAAAAUGUACCUGGAGUGGUUUUUUUUUGUUGUCGUUGUUGUUACAAACAACGCAGAACCAAAUGUCUAUUCUCAACAUUCUUUCUAUGACAUUCUUACUACCUGACAUAAGCAAAAUACGACCUCAUCAUCACUUCUGGAAAAACAAAAAGAAGACAGACAGACAGACUGGUCGCACAUAGUGGUAGUGGAGUGGUAGUACAGAAUAAGGUGCUUCAUUUUAUUGUACUAAUUGUUGAUAAUCUAUCUUUAGGCUUUGGAAAUUAAAGAAUUUCUCCCCAAAAGUAACUAUUUCCUCAAGUUGGGCUAAAUGGACUGUCCAGCAAGCAGACAUGGAGUCGAUUGUUGCUGUGGUUCCUGCCCAUCUCUGACAAUCAGUAAGAAAAGAACACUGUGCAGCCUCAAUGUGACAUCUCCCAUCGUUCGGUCUGUCCAAAGGAGGCAGUGGACUGUGUGGUGGCUCUGCAGCAUAUGUGGGAGUUUAGAGUGUUUGUCUGUGCUGUUUUAUUGCAAGGCUUCACUGGUAUUGAAUGUAUUCCACAAGAGGCACACAUCCCAGGCUAUUCAUUCUUGUUGUUGGGUAAGUGAGAACAAGAUCCUUCUGUCAAUUCAUAUAUAUCAUUGCCUCUGAUGUUGACAGUGUUUUUUAAACCGAGUCACCCUUGUGUUCUGUUGAAGCCUGCUGUGACCCUCAUUGUGUAGAAGUGUUAAGUUAGUGUUACAAUAUCAGGGUAUUCAGAAAUACCAGCACCAAAUGACAUGACUCCCAAUAGACAAUGUGUGUGACUUGUAAAUGUGUUGUGAUCAUUCAGUUUUGCUGCAAGCUAUACCAUUCUGCCAAUACCAGUACUAGUGUAGAUUACCUGACAAGAGUGAAACCCAAUACUGUGGUUAUAAAAAAAGAAGAAAGUGAUUUUACUGUGCCAGUAAAUUUAAUUAAUUAUUUAUUUAAAAAUAUAGAAAUACAUAUUUAGAUAUAUUUAUCCCACACAUAUAUAUAUAUAUAUAUUUAUUACUUUUUCUGAAUACAAAGAAUAUAUACAGUAUAUUGAACAAAUUGAUGUUAAUAUUUGUUUGAUAUUGUGAAGAAAAGAGGAGCGAGGUGUAAAUGUACAUCUUCACCGAUGUCUGUGGACAGAAACCUUCUGUGAUGUGAGAAUUGUAAUUGUCUGUCCUUGAUUGAGAGUUUAGGUCUUUGUGGCUCCUCUGUCUCCUGAGAUCUGUGUCUCCAGUACCACCCAGUGGUAGCUGAAAAUGGGCUUGAAGAGAGAUCAUUUGCAGGGAACUGCCAGUGCCCAAUGAUUAACAAACAUGUGCAGGAAUGCUAUGGAAGAGGCUCUCAUGGACAUGGAGGAAUACCUUCCCCUCCCAAACCCACUCCUCUGCCCGCCGGUACCUUUCCUGAACUCCAAUUCCCACAGUUCCUUUCCUUGGCCUUAAAUUGAAUGUUGGGAAAAGGUAGAAACAGAAAUUGUGUCGAUGGUUGGAGCAGAUCAACAGAAACCCUUUAAGAUGUUCCUCCCUCUGUGUCCUGGACAGUGGGAAACCUGUGCUGUAUUUGACAAAGUUAUAAGCUGUUUUGUAAUGUAUUGAAAUUGUCCCUGUUAUUAAGCUUCUAUUUGUCCAUGUUUGUGCAAAUCCAUUGUAAUUGUGCCUCAUUGUUCAUCCUACAGAAAGUCAUAUUGGACUGCUUUGCAAUAAAUGCUUGGGACACCUGCUGCUAACUCUGUACCCAUAUCUUCAUUGUAUGGACAUCAAUUUAGCUCCAUUUUUGUACCUGCAUUUCAUGACUUAGAGCUCUACACUCAAACGUCUGCCAUCAAACAAUAGUGACCAAUUAAAUCAUGUUUUAAACGAAACCCUUAAUCAGAAUGUCACAAUACUUAGUAUCCAAAGAUUUCUUUAACGUCUUUCAAAGGGCAUCACUACUUGGAGAAGUUUAGGUGAAACAAUCUUUUCUGAGGCUGUGCACUUUGGUCCAUAUCUGUAUGUCAUUGUGAGUAACUGAGAGCUCUACAGAAUCCAUUUCAGCUCCUGUCUGUCUGUAAUAAGUCCUGUCUUUUCUGUUGCCCUGUUGUGCUGCUGCUCAGUGACCACUUCCUGUGCACUGGGCAAAACCUUUAACUCAGAUGGUUUACAUUUGAAUAAACUUAAAUGGUAAAGUGACAUGAAA